CUAAAGUAACGCUAAAGUAACGCUAAAGUAACGCUAAAGUAACGCUAACGCCAUCGGCUGCAAUUACCUACCUAAUAAUGUAUGUACUGCCUAUGGAUAUGGCAGCGCGAUUGCUCCUAAUGUUUGUAAUGUUUGCCACCUGUCAACUGCCAACUGCCACCAUGCGGCCCGCCACUUCUUGGUUAAACUUGCCCUGCCUUUUUACCGUUUCACACUCAGGUUUUGACACUUUCCACCCGCCGCGAAUUCAUGAAAUUUCGAUCCCUUUUCUACGCCGUGUCAUUUUCUUCUACCGCUCGGAUCUUGACUCUUUCCGGUUCAUCACCAACGACAUUCGUAUCAGUCUAUCCCUCAAAGAGAAAUGGCUUCUAGCCUAGUGCGUUAUGUACGACACAUUGCAGCAAACAGUAAGAGUAAAAGUAAGAGUGGUGGAAGAAGAAGAAGAAGAAGAAGA